ACCACCGUCAGUUCCCAGCACUCGACAAGCAAAAUUGGUAUCUUGUAUUGGUCAAACAGACAAACGAAGGCCCUUUUGUUGCCAUUUAUUGCAAUGAUUUAGGGCUGUAUUAAAGUGUUUUAAGCUAAGCAUAAAGUUUCCCCUUGCCAUCGCUGGACAUGGAUAUCCUGGACAUCGAUGAGGCACUCAAGGAUGAUUCAUAUAUAUUUCAAGCGGACAAGACCCAUGACGAUGUGUCCAACAUACUGCAGCAGUGGAAGACGAACAACCAGCCGCAGCUGCAGAUGCAGAUGCAUUUGCAGUGCAACAACGAAGCCUACAAACACAACACGAAGACCUUCACUCGGCCCAAACGUCGCAACCUUGAUUUCAGCCAGAAUGGAGCGGGCAAUGACAGCGGAGUGGGCACACCAGCGAUGCUCCAACUGGAAAUCGGGGGCCUGGUCACCACGAACAUGCACAAAUCCUUCCUGCAGGACACCUCGCCGCCGUCUUCCAUCUGCUCGUCCAUGAACACGGAACGGAUGAACAAUUCCCUGAUUACCUCGGCCGACUUCACCAACUUGAACUUCCUCCAGUCGACCCUCAGCCUGGAACAGGACCCCAGCCUCACCACCACACUCACCAACCAAACAACGGAUAACAUGGUGGCGGGCAUGGGCCUUGGCGGUGGUUUGGCUGGCUACACUCUCAGUGACAUGAUCCGGGACAGAAAGGCGCUGGAGUCGCUGACGCUGUGCGAGGAGGACGGCACCUUGACCAAGGACUCGCACAUUGGCCAGAUCGAUGAGAUAUCCCUUACGCUGAGCAAGACCGCCUCGGGGUGCAGCACCAUGGACAAUAGCACAGACAGCAUGUCGAAUCCACUGGCCCCGGAGAGGCCGAUGUCUGCCGCUUUUCCAGUCCUGCAGCGAACCAUGAUCCUGGGCGAGGAAAUGAUUGGCGACACCACCUUCAACCUAGUGGACAGCCUGACCACAUCGGUGCUGCAAUCGGACGCUGAAUCGAUGCCAAUGGAUGGGAAUGCCACCUUCAAGCGACCUUCAGCUGCGAGCUCUGCAGCCGCUCCAGCGGCGGAUGAGACCUUGCUGCUGGCGGGCCGUCAGAUGAACACCACCUACACGGAGGGAUGCAACACACCGGAAGCUCGCUGUGAAACGCCCGAGAACGUCGAACGGAAACUGGCACUACUCACCAUGGAAUCCACGCCACUGACGACCAACAUUCGACCCCACUACUACCACAACAACAACAAGCAAGGAUAUACGCCCACCCUCAAGGGUCGGGGCGACAUGAACCUGUCCCCGAUAGUCAGUGUCACGCCGCAGAAGCCAACCGGAGCACCGGCACGCCUCAAUAAUACCUUUGAGCCAGCGGCGAAAGCAGCUCCGUUCGACGGCGAAAAGUUCGUGCUGGACACAAUGGAGCUGCUGGAGCAGAUCGAACAGCCACUGGAUGGCACCUACAGCCUGCAGAUGUCCGAGCAACACAAGCAGAUGCAGUGCGUCAUGGAUCUGGCCGAGGCCGAAGUGGAGUUGCUGGCCCAGCAGGGCGACGAGGAGCAGUUCGAGCACAUGCUGGCCGAACUGGGAAAGGUCAACACCCUAAACGAGGUCCAGCUCAAGAUGCAGAAAUCCCUGGACACGAUAAAGAGGCGCUUCCAUCGCGACGAACCGGAAGCGGAGCCGGAGCGGGAGGAAGAGGAACCGAAACUGCAAACUCCAGUCGAUAAGGUGGAGACUCCAACACUGAAUCAAAGCCAUUCGAGCAGCAAUAACAGUAGCAGUGGCACAGGAGAGCGACUGCUGAGCCGGCGGAGUCGCCUCUACGACGACGUCAACCUGAGCGUGAUGCACGGCAGCAACGGCAGCUCUGCCAGCUGUAACUCGGCUUCCUUUAUUGUCCAGCGGAGAGAUGUACCCCAGGAGGAGCAGCCGGCCCCGGAACCAGAGCCUGAGCCCGCGGAGGAACAACCCCGGUCGCAGGUAGCAGCAGAGACUGAUCCGUCCAGCUAUAAGCUGGCGGAGCGCCGAGAGAGGGAUCGGGAACGCUUCAAGACCAUCAAGAUUUCCAGGGAUAUGCGCCUGCAGCAGGAGAUUAUAGUGCCUUGUAUAGACGAUGAGCCGCAGCAGCUGGAGGAUCCUCCGCAAGAAGCGGUGGAGGAUGAAGACCAGCUACAGGAAGCGGAGCAGCAGCCACAGCGACAGGCCUCCCCGCCAAGUCGCUUGUCUCGCCGGGAUCAGAACGUAGCCGCCAACAACAACAAUUAUAGGGCGGAGGGAAGUGCCAGCAACUACUUGACCUACAAGAAGCCCAAGGAGAAGAGCCUACUGCAGCGUCGAACGAACGCUCAUCCCUCGGCGGAGUCCACGCUUCCCCAGCCUCGCUCCCUGUCCAGACCUCGCUACAUAAGCGGCCUGCAGAAGUUCACCACGGUGAGCAAGGCCACUUCGGCUGGCGCAGGUCUGAACUCCACAACCGCCGCCGUGCCCGUCGCUGUUCCAGUUCCUUCCAGCACCGAACUGAAGAGUCCCAUGGGCAUCAAGUCGAAAUCUUUCCACAACCUGUCCUCUACGAUGAGCGGCAUUGCAGGGGGAGCGGGAGCAGGUGCUUUACCGAGGCCCAGUUUGGGAGGUGGACUUCGGAGGCCUGGAGCACCGGCUAGUAAGUUGACCAGCGGACUUCGUGUGGCCUCACAGAGUCAAGAGGAUGACUCUGGUGUUUUCAAAGUCCCCAAGUUGGUCAGUGGCCUGCGAGGCCCUGGACUGGCUGGUGCCAAGCGUGCAGGAGGAAAUGGACUCGCUCGGCCCUCUUCGGGCUACUACAGCUUGAGUACUAAGACAGACGCAGAUACCCCAGAGAGUCUUUCGUCGGCCUCCUCCCGUGGCAGUCUCUAUGGACACAAGGACAGCAGCAGGACGGUUAAUGGCGGAAAUGUUCCUCAGCAGAAUCCACCACAAGCCUUUGACACGCAGGCGCUAACCUCGAAGCUGACCCAGGUCACAACGGGAUCCACCGGCAUUCCGAAGCCAUCGGGGCUGCGGCCACCGUCGCAGAUGAAGCGCAGCGGCCUGCCCCGUCCAUCCAGCAUUGUCAGACGUUGAGGGCCCAAGAAUGGCGCUGCUUCCGAUCGCAUCUACACCACACCCCGCCUCAUAUAAGUUUUCAUGUUAUCCGUAUAGUAGACUGUUACCCUCCGUUUGUAUUCUGAGUUUACGUAGCUCUCUUAUGUGUUCCCGACCGCGAUCCCCCCCCCUGCCCAUUUCAUUCGAGCUCAACUUGCCUAGUGAUUUCGAGACACUAGCAUUUAUGUUAAUGGAUUAUACUUACGAAAAUUGUGCAUUUAGUUGAACAGGACAAACAGAAACAGAGAACUUGGCGACUUGUUAAAGAAACGAACACACUCACAGAACCCAUACAUAUACGACAAAUACACACACACAUACACACGAACUUUGCCUUACGAAUCUUUAUAAAACAAAGAAAGAAAAGAUAAGAAUCCGAUUUGAGGAAGAAAGAGACUAGGUAGAAGAUGAUAUAAGAAUUGAUGAUAAUUGAUAGUAGUGUAUAUUUUUGUAAAAGCAAUGCAAAAAUUCUACGAAUGUUAUUUGUUGUGCAUACAUGUAUGUGGAGUGCUGCAGCAAGACAAGCAAGCAAAUCGAAUAAAAACUAUAAUUAACAUUUACAAUAA